CAUGGGACACCGGGUAAACAAGAUUGUGGAUGUGUAUAGACAACUGUGCAGGUUUCCUGACCCUGUUAAUGCAUGUAUCUCCAAUCUUUCUUCCACAAACAAAACCAUCCUUAACACGCAGUGGUCACAGCAUGACUUUGAAAGGAAAGAGAAGGUCAAAUUUUCCCGAGACUACCUUUUGAGUGGACAGUCUGAACAUAUGACUGUGGACUUCAGAUCUCCAAAUAAAGAGAUAUCUAAUGAAUUGUGGAAUAAAGAGUCUCCAUCAGGAUCUUUGAGAGCGGUAGUUAAAAAGGUCACUAAGAAAGAAGAGGAUAAGUACUUUAUAGAGAUUUGGAAAGGAACACACAAAAGUCAGUGUAUUGAUGCUCUAGCUCAGUCUAAACAUGGGAAGAUCUAUGAAAAUGAUGACCAAUUUGGGAGUUUUGUUUGGUCAUACUCGGAGAAAAGCCUGCUUUACAUCGCUGAGAAGAAACUGCCUAAGUCCAUAUCUUACUUUGAGCGCGAGAAAAAAGACAAAAGCAAGGAAGAAGAAAUAUCCAGGGGCACAGAACAUUUUUACAAGGAGGACUGGGGGGAACAACUGACAAGUAAACACCUCAGUGUUAUCUGUAUUCUGGACCUGGAGUCGGAAGAUAUCCGAGUUCUGUCCGACAUUCCUGAAGAUCUUUUCCUUGGACAGGCUUGCUGGGCACCCUCAGACUCUGGUGUUCUAUUUGUAGGCUGGGAUGUCAACCCAUACAGGGCUGGUCUGAUUUACUGUCCUAUUAGGAAGUCAUGUAUUUAUCAUCUGGACUUCAACUCCUCUGUAUUAAAAAUGGUCAGUGAGGAGGGUCGUAGCUGUAGAAGUAUAAGGGUCAGUCCUGACCAGUCCAAACUGGUUUAUCUAGAUAAUGACAUUGGUGGACCUCACAUGCAGGGAAGUCGAUUAAUGUUGUAUGACUGGGGUUCUGGAGACCUUUGUGUAAUGUCUGACACAGUGGCGGCACCAUCAGCUGAUGAAUUUCCUGGUUUAUGUCUACUUGAUCUUCCAAAGCGGUGCUGGAGUACAGACAGUUGUAGAAUAGUGACUAGCUCUAUCUGGAGAAGUAAUGUGGUGGUUCUUGUAAUUGACGUGAGAGACAAAUCUAUGAAAAGAAUCACUCAAGGAAAUAAAUCUUAUGGAGUGAUGGAUGUCAAUCAAGAUAAGAUGGUGUUAUGUUGCUCUUCUCCCAAUCAACCUCAACACCUGGCUGUGGCUGAACUGCCUUCUAGUGGAUCAGACCUAACAAUGAUACCCGUGGAUGGAACACCUACAUCAACAGAUUCUACUUAUGAGGUGCUGACAAUGAUACCUACAGAUGACAGGACACAUCAACAGUAUGGUAAAAUGGAUUAUGAAGCUGUCCUGGUUAUGCCAACAGAAGUAAAACCACCUUUGAUUGUUUUUCCUCAUGGUGGACCCCAUACUCUCUUCACUACAUCAUUUAUGCGUUAUGUUGCUGGAUUUUCUGCCUGUGGUUUUGCUGUUCUCAUGGUGAAUUACAGAGGAUCUCUUGGAUUUGGAGAAAACAACUUGCGGUCCUUACCAGGUUUUAUCGGAGAUCAAGAUGUGAAAGAUGUCCAUGCUGCUGCGGAGGCUGUUGUCCAGAGUGGUCGUGUAGACGGUAGUAAAGUGGUUGUCUUUGGCGGAUCUCACGGUGGAUUUCUGACAACACAUCUUAUUGGUCAAUAUCCAGAUUUUUAUAAAGUCGGUUCCUGCAGAAACCCUGUGACAAAUUUAACCAACAUGAUAGGUGUGACAGAUAUCCCUGACUGGGUGAUGGUGGAGAGUGGUCUUCCCUUUGAUCACAAAGUCGUACCAGAUGGAGAAAUAUUGACAAAGAUGUUUUCCAUGUCGCCAAUUGCUCAUGUUGAUAAGGUGAAGGCUCCGUUACAAAUUAUGCUUGGUCUGGAUGAUCGAAGAGUUCCACCCAAACAAGGGGAACAAUUCUACAGGGCCUUGAAAUCUAGAAAUAUUCCUGCCAGGCUGAUAUCAUAUGAGGGAAACAGUCAUCCAAUUAUUACCACAGAAGCUGAGAGUGAUGCGUUUGUCAAUACAGUGUCCUGGUUUGAUACCCACUUGUGACUACAUACAUAAACAUACCUAAUUUGGCACAGUCAAAUUUUAGUACCUUUUUUGGAAAAAAAACCCCAUAAAAACAGAUUAAUAUUUGUUAAAAUCUUUACGAAUCCUACAAUCUUACUGGUGUGAACACAAUGUUAUGGCAAGUUGUGAAAGAAAUCACACUACAUUAAUGCUAGUUAAGUGACAUGUAUGUGUAUAACUUACAAUUACUUAUAAUGUUCAAAAAAUUCAAAUCGUAAGUGAAAGAAGACAAGAAAGGGUGUGAACUAUUACUAAACAGAAAAAUAUUAUUUUUAUUGAAAAAAUCAUGUGUUCCAAUUACUGCCUAUUUUAUCUGACUGGAGGUUUACAAUAUCCAUGAUACAUAUUGUGUUCUUCACAAAUAGACAUUUUGGAAAAUAUUUUGUUAUGAAUUUGAUAAUCAAUUUAAACCACUGCAUAUUUUCUUAUAAGUUUUUUGUUUUUUGAUUUUUUAAUUUAUUGUAAGACGAUGUGUAUCUUUAGGAUGCACAGCAUCUGUUGCCAUCAACUGCUAGCUAGGCUAUUUAUAGCCUGGACCAAAUUCUACACCACAAAAAGACCCAACAAUGCACAUUUACUUCCAUGGAAAGAUAUAAAAUGUGUUUGCAAUUUGUUCAUGAAGUACAGUGAAACCUCGCUGUCAAGACCACUUUGGGGACUGGACAAAAGUGGUCUUAAUAGCGAGGUGGUCUUAAUAGCGACGUGGAUCAGAUUUAACCACAAAGAACCGUAACUCUGUUUAAAAUAAAGAGUAUAUAUAUCAUUAAGUAAUGUAUUUGUAUAUCAUUCAAAAAUAAUAACUGAUAAAAAUAAACUAAAAUGUUGAAUUUUAUGAAAUGCAUGUAAAAAAGACAAAAUUGCUGAAUU